AUGCAAUCGGUCCUGAUCCUCAUCGGCGCCGCCCUUGCCUAUGCCGUCUACACAUACAUCUCUAAUCUGCGACAAAACAUCGCAGAAGCAAAGCGUAGCGGCUUGCCCUACAUCAUCGCCCCGUGUUCACCCAUCUUCCUACCAUGGCAGUUGACGUUCAAAUUAUGGACGCCAAUCAUUAAACUAUUCCCUAAACCAUGGUGGGAGAGGUGGCUCGAAGUCCUAACGCCUGGCUUCUCAUAUCGCACGCGCCAUGAUGGGUUCGCAAAAUACGGCGACAUCUUUAUGGUUGUCUCGCCGAAGCUCAUUAUUACCAUGGUCUGCAACGCCGAGGCCAUCCACCAGAUCACUGCUAGACGUGAGCACUUCCCCAAGUAUGUCGAGACUUAUGAGAUUCUCCAGCAGUUUGGAGACAAUGUCUUGACUACCGAAGGUGCUGUUUGGCGUAUGCACCGUAAAGUCACAUCGGCUUCGUUUAACGAGAAGAACGCAGCCCUUGUGUUCAAGGAGUCCAUCCACCAGACCAAGGGCAUGGUGAAAAUGUGGAUGGGGUCCAACGACGACAGUGGCACUAUUCACACUCUGGAUCAGGACACCAUGAGGCUGGCCCUCAACAUCAUUGGAUACGUGGGAUUUGGCUUCCGGUCGCUUUGGCCUGGCGAGACCCUACCUCCAGAUGUGAACCCGAGGUUGGCCAAGUAUAGUUCGCUUGAACCUUCUGCUGGGCACAAACUAAGCUUUGUGAACACCGUUGCUAUCCUCUUGGAAUACAUCCUAAUGCUGUUACUUAUACCACGCUGGCUGUUGAGACUGAUGCCCUUCAAAAAGGCCCAUCUCGCAGCUGACGCGCACGAAGAUUGGUGCAAGUAUAUGCAGGAACUGAUGGAUGAAAAGAUUCAGGAAGCCCAACGGGGCGAGCGUGUCGAAGGCAUGGACUUGAUGGGACAACUGGUCAGGUCAAGUUACGGAACAGGCGAAACCCAAGGGAAACAGGGGGCUGAGCCCAAGAAGGGCUCACUGACGCGUGACGAAAUCCAAGGAAACGCCUUCAUCAUGCUCGUGGCUGGGCACGAGACAACAGCCAACGCCAUGCACUUUAUCCUGCUAGAGUUGGCAAAUAACCCAGCAUCACAGAGGAGGCUUCAGAAGGAUAUCGACGAUAUCCUUGGGGGCAGAGAUCCGAGCUCAUGGGACUACGAAGGCCUAGUCAACCCAAUGAUGGCCAGCAUGCUCGGCGCAUGCAUGAACGAGACGCUUCGAAUGAUACCUGCCGUGGUGGAGAUACCUAAGAAGGUAACUCCAGGUCAGGAUCAGGUCAUCACGGUCGAUGGGAAGAGACACCUCCUUCCGAGGGGCACGGUCGUGUCUCUGGUUGCAGUGUCGAUCCAGCGAAAUCCUCGAUACUGGCCUGCGAGGCCAAGCAAACUGCACCCGGGCGAAGGCGACGUUAAUGACUGGGUCCCUGAGCGCUGGUACCGCAAGAGCGAGGACCCAAUAGCCAAGGAAACAGAUACGGAAGAGCCAGAAGCAGAAGACUUUGGAGGCUAUGGAGGCUCAGACAUAAGCUCUCAGCUCUUCCGGCCGGAGAGGGGGGCUUAUAUCCCCUUCAGUGACGGCCCGCGGUCAUGCCUGGGUCGUAGGAUCGCGCAGGUCGAGAUCAUUGCAGCGCUUGCCGUCAUCUUCCGGGACCAUAGUAUCGAGCUGGCCGUGGACGAGUGGGCAAGUGACGAGCAGGUUGAGUCGAUGGACCGUGAGCAAAGACGCGAAGUAUACGCCAAGGCGCAAACCACAAGCCGUAACAAGCUCCUAGGCGCUACUUCAGUGCUCACACUGAAGAUGAACGAUGACCAUGUGCCCGUCAGGCUUGUUAGAAGGGGGCAGGAGAGGUUUACGAGUUGGAUAUAA